UAAUAAAGUGAGAAAGGGAGAAAGAAAAAGAAGGAAAAUUGGUUUGUAUUGUGAGGUGGAACAGGAAUGGGUAGCGAAGAAGAGAGAGUUCUUGAAAACCAACUGGAACUUCAAUUACAUGAACAAAGAGAUUCUCUCACUGCUAUCGAUCAUGCUCUUCUCCUUGAUCCAACCAAUUCUGAACUCCUCGAGGUUCACGAGGAACUUGUUCAGGCAAUUAAGGAUGCCGAGGAAGGACUUCUUCAUCUAAAGCGUGCGAGAUUAUUAUCCGAAGCAGACACAGUGCUGUGCAGUACUGAUAUUUUUGCUGAAGAAGAGAAAGUGGAGCCACUUGAUCCUGCAGAUGUUGAACCAGAGCCGCUAGAAGAAAAAAGCUUUUCUGUUGGAUCUAAAUGUAGAUUCCGUUACAAAGAUGGGCGUUGGUACAAUGGUCAAGUGAUGCAAUUGGAUAAUUCAGUGGCGAAGAUUUCUUUUCUUACUCCUACAUCUGAAAAUAUGCUGAUGUGCAAGUUCUUUUUACAACAACGAUGUCGAUUUGGUAGUAACUGUCGCCUAUCCCAUGGAGUUGAUGUUCAACUGACUUCCCUUAAGGAAUAUGCUCCAACAAUUUGGAAGCCGUCCCUUGCUGGGUCAAGUAUAUGGGCAGUCUCAAAUGCAAAUGCAGGCAUUUGGAGAGCAGCCGAGCUUGAGUCAUGGGACGAAAAAGCUGGAGUUGGACAAGUUGUUUUCCGAGAUGAUGGAAGUUCUGUGAAGCUUGGUGCACAAGAUAUGGUAUUAUCUGAGUAUGCAGAUAUGAGUGACAUAGAUAGUGAUUCCAGCUUAGAACAAUCCGAUUACAGCGGCUCAGAGGAAGAGGAACCACAGGGUUUAGGAUUUAUGGAUAGUACCAACUUACAGAAAGGCGUUCAAACCGAAACUGCUAUAUUUGCAAAGUGGGAGAACCAUACCAGAGGCAUGGCUUCCAAAAUGAUGGCGAAUAUGGGUUACCAAGAAGGAAUGGGUUUAGGCUUAACUGGUCAGGGUAUGGUUGAUCCCAUACCAGUGAAGGUUCUACCACCUAAGCAGUCCUUAGAUCAUGCACUUAAGUCUCAUAAAGUGGAAGGGAACACAGAGAAGCAAAGGAAGAAACGGACCAGAGGUGGUAAGAGAAAACGCGAGAAGAGAUUUGCAGAAGCAAUUCGUGCCGCAAAAGAAGAAGAAGAAUCGGCCCCAGAUGUCUUCUCGCUAAUAAACACUCAACUAGCCAUGCACGGUGAAGCUUCCAAUGGAUCAAUGAAGAAGCAGCAAAGUAAAGGUUCAGGUGAAGGUAAAAAGGUGGAUAGAAAAAUGUUGGUUGCUUAUGAGAAUGAUGUGAAGGAUUUGAAAGUGCAGGUUCUAAAAUUUGAACAAAUGGCAGAAGCAAAUAAAAGAGAAAAACCUGUUUAUGAUGCUGCUAUGAAAAAAUUAGUCCAAACCCGCAAGGCAUUGGCUGAGGCUGAAGCAGUUCAUGCCUCUGCCUCAGAUGAUGUUGUUAGCAAAGAAAAAGAUAAGAGAUGGCUUAAGUUUUAGUUAGUACUUAGGACUCAGUUCAAUAAUGUAAUGCCUUCAAUAGAUCCUUAUGCAGAUGCUUUGAAAAGAAGAAAAAGAAAGAAAUCUAAUCUCACAGGUGCAAGUAACUCUACCAAGAUACUAGUAGAUUGCUAUGUAGUAUUAUUUUCCCCCUUCUUUUACCUGAGUGGUCAGCAUUACACACUGUUCUUUAAGCCGUAAGUUUGCUUGCUUGGUUUACUGUAUGUUUGGGCGAUUGUUUGCCAAAUGUGAUUUUGGAUGAAAUUGACUUUGCAUUUAUUUGGUUCCGCGUCCAAGUUGUAAAUCUCGCAUCUCAAUUUCACUUACAUUGUGAAAUUAUGGGUCUAGGAUUGCCCCUAGUAGACAUCACAUUAGGGCUUUUCAUUCGGUUUGACGCAGUUGGCAAUCUUAAUCGUUGAUUUGAGAUUGGAUGAUUUCAAUUACAUAGUAAAUUUUUUAAAGUGGAACAAAUCAA